CUUUAGUCGACUUCUGACUAACAAGAAUAAAUCGUGUAAUUUCCUUCCAAGAUCUCAUCUAGUUGUCAGAAGGUUUCAUUAAAAUGCAUCAUCAUCCUUUAAUGGCUAUGAUUCUUGUUCUCUGUCUCGUUGCUCUUAUUUCAGCUUCACCAAUUAAUGUUGUUUCACCACAUCAGUUGGACGCAUUGUUGUGCCACAAGCAAAAUUUCACUGAAUCAACAGAGAUAAUCCUUUUUACAAAUGUUACUCACAACAUAUCUGCUGUCGGGUUUUGCAUUGUUAAUAUUUCAAAGUCUCUUACUAUAAGAAGCUCAGGAGUAAGUGCUAUAGUACAAUGCACAAGUAUGCUGAAUGGUUUUGUUUUUACUGGUAGCAACAAUUCUGUUUUAUUUCUUAAUGCCAUCAAAUUUCUUAAAUGUGGCACUAAAUUAAGCCAAUUAGAUGAAUCUUUGAAGUGUAAAAUCAAUGCAUCAAAUUUUCCAUUCUAUUUUACUCAACAUCAUGCUGCUGCAUUGCUUUUCAUAGGUGUUAAUGACAUUCAAAUGAAAGACAUUGAUGUAGAAUCUUCCUAUGGUUUUUCCAUUAUAUUAUUUAAUCUUCCUAAUGGAACAAUAGACUCGGUCACAAUAACAGCAUCUAGUACAACAGCAGUAGGUAAAGGAAUAAGUGUUGGUAGUGGCCUUUUGAUUCUUUACUGCAAUGAAACUAGACUUGGAUCUAGUAAAAGUAGCAGUAUUGUUCUAUCCUCUUUGCAACUACAGUUUCUGUUUGAGGAUAUAUUUGAGUUUGAAUGCAUUCAGAAUUUAUAUAAUUCAUCCGUUACACAUCUAAAUAAAAUCCCCAUUGUCAAUGCUGCUGGGUUAACAAUUUUCUACAUGCGAAACGAUUUUCCAGUUACUGUGCAAGUUAUUGGCAGUAAUUUUUCCCAUUGUUAUGGCUCAUUAGCUGGUGGCUUGUUAAUCGUGCAUCAAAAUUUUUUCACAAAUUCUCAGACUGUCAUUGAGCAAUGUACUUUUGAUCAUAAUUCUAAUAUUCAUGGCUGCCAUGGUGGGGCUAUUGUUGCAGUAGUUUAUUACGAUCAGAACAAAUCCCAUUUUCAAAAUUACUCACUCAAUCAAUCCGUUCCUCUAACAAUUUCCAAUUCAUUUUUUCAUGAUAAUGGAAGAGAUGGCACCAAAUAUUCUGGGGCUAUUAGUGUACUGGCUAUAAAUCCUGAGAAAAUUCCAAUUCAGUUUUAUUUCAAAGAAGUCAAGUUAAUGUUUAAUUUUGUCAGUAGUGAUGGAUCAUGCUUUGUUGGUCUGGUUGACUCCCAAUCAAUUGUGCCUGACAACAAUAUUGAAUUCAUUUUUGAUUCAAUUUUUGUCUCUAACAAUUCUUCUCCUGUUCACGGGCAAAGCACUAAAUUGUACUAUCCUACUAGCAUGUUUCUAAUUUUAAAUGCUAAAAGUAUUAUUAAUGGGACAGAUGAAUUUCCAGGAACUUUUUCAUACAAUUAUGGUUCUGUUUUUAAAGUUUCUCAAUCAACUAUUGUGCUUGAAGGUUAUUUAAACUUCACAAGUAAUACUGGGUUUUAUGGUGGAGCAUUUUUUCUCCUUGAUUCCAGUGUUAUUUUAUUUUCACAAGGCCUAAGGGCCAAAUUUACAGGCAAUCAUGCUAAAGCUUUUGGAGGAGCAAUAUAUUCAAUUGCAGCAAGCAACAGUUACUAUGCUAAGUCACUUUGUUCAUUCCAGGUUAAUGAUGAUCAAUAUAAUGAUACACAAAUAUCAUUUUAUAACAACACAGCCAUGAUAUUUGGGGAUUCAGUCUACUCUACAAACCUCUACAAUUGCUACAUGCAGAAUAAGUUAUUAGAACCAUACCAACUCACAUCCAUAUACAAAACAAUUUUUAAUACAAGUUUGCCUAAAAAGUUUUUGUUUACCAAUGCCAUGACCAUUGAAACUUGCAAUAAAUCUUCCUACAUUGGGUAUCCUGGAGAAACAUUUCACAUAAUGCUGACAGCAAAAAAUAUAUUGAAUGAAACUACACAUGCAGAAGUAUUUGUUUCGGCAGCAUUAGCAACUUAUAAUGGAAUUCAAAACAUUGAUUGGUGGUUCUCCGAGAAAGAGUUAAUACAAGUAUUUGGCAAUGAAAAUGGCUGCUCAGAUGCUAGCGUCACAAUACACACAAAUGAUCGAAGCACUGUUGACAUUAUUGGGGAGCAUCGUGCGUUUUUACUAUUUUUAAUUGAAAACUCUAAUAUUUUAACAAAAGUUGACAUACAUUUGCGUUCUUGUCCUCCGGGUUUUGUACAUGAUGUGAUUAACACUGGGUCCUGUGUAUGUUCAAACAUUGUUAAGAACAUUGCAGAUACUGCACCUAUCUGUGACAUAAAUUCAAAGAGCAUAUUACGGCCUUCUAAAUCUGCUUGGAUGGGAGUAAUACUGAAUGAAAAUGGAACUGAGACAUUUGCUGUAAGUCUUUUCUGCUAUCAGUACUACUGUAAUAGUAAUUCAAGUUUUGACAUGGUCACAGUUAAUACUGAUGGAACGUUUCGAUUGUCAUCAUCAUCGAAACCUGGUGUCACUAGUUCACUUUGCAUUAGUUAUCGUACAGGAAAACUCUGUAGUAGUUGUGCCAAUGGCUACAGUGUGGUUUUUGGAUCACCAGAGUGUAAAAAAUGCAGUAGCCUAUGGCUUUUGACUUUGCUUGCAUAUGCUAUAGCAGGUCCUCUCCUCAUUUUUAUUAUGUAUUCCCUAAAUCUAACGCUAAAUGUUGGCACCAUAAAUGGCAUCAUCUUUUAUGCACAAGCUUCUAAUUUUGGAAUUUUAGAUGCCUUAAACAAUCAAGGUCAUGGUUUGAAUAGAUUAUUAACUAUUUUUCUGUCACUCCUAAAUUUAGGGCUUGGUUUCCCAGUUUGUUUUUAUGAUGGAAUGAGCGAGAUGUGGAAAGUAAUAUUGAAUCUGUUGUUUCCUCUUUAUCUUUUUGUCAUUGUUGUACUUAUCAUCAUUCUGUGCCGAUUUUCUAGUAAAGUAUCAAAUAAAUUUUCUAGUUCAUCCAUUCAAGUAUUAACAACUAUAGUCUAUCUCUCAUUUGCAAGGCUACUUAGUUCAGUUGUUAGUGCUUUUAAACCAGCAGUUAUUCAUACAGCCGAAUCAGCUCAUCUUGUUUGGUAUUGGGAUGCAUCUGUGCCUUAUAACAGCACAGGACAUAUCAUCAUUAUGGUUGUGACUUCAUUGAUUACGUGUCCACUGCUGAUGACAUAUCUGUUUCUUCUACUUUUCCCUAGACCUCUGAGAUGCAAUGCAAAGCUCAAUGAAUGGACAAGGCCAGUAAUAGAAUCCAUUAAGGCUCCAUAUAAGGAGGGAAGGCAUUAUUGGUUUGUAGCAAGGAUUCUAGUUAUAACAUUUAUGUACAUCUUGUAUAGUACCGAGACUUAUGUUUCAUUUUUUAAUGUCACAGUUAUGGUAAUUCUGAUCUUUAUAGUGUUAUCUCAAGCUGUUUUUAAUCCAUACAAAAGCAAAUUAAUCAACCUGUUAGAUUGCUGGCUCUUAGUUAACCUUACCUUUUCAUUUGGUGCUCUUUAUAGCAAAAAUGCAAGUAGCCCCCAAAAUAUAAAUAUUUUCCUUGAAUCGGUUGUCAUUCUUUUCUUCUUUACUUUCCUGUGUUUGGUCCUAUAUCAUUUCCUGAUGGUAUCGAAAAAAUUUCGCAAAGCAAAAGAUGAAAUCGGUCAGUGGCUGUUUCAAAGGUGUAAUAAUCAAAGAAUCUCCAGAAAUAUUAAUGAUUUUAGUAACAAAGAUCCUUAUUACAGUCCUUGUGAUGAAUAUCGUGAACCUCUUCUCAAGCCAACAGCAACAUUUUUGAACUUAUAAUUGUAUUUUAGUGCUAUACUUGUUAUUGUCACAAUAAAGGUAUACCUUUUUGAGCUGUAAAACAUUGUUUAUUAUUUAUGCCAAAACCAAAUUAUUUUUUAGGACUUAAAUUUUGAAUUCUAUUUACCUAGACUAGUCUAGA